CAUCGACGCGCUAACGCUCACAAUCCAACCGAACCCACAUGGGGAACGUCAUCAGUGCCGCAUUAGCGGCGACAACAGCCCCUGCCAAUGGCACUGGGCCAUCUAUGCCUAUGUGGCAGUGGAUUCUAAUUGAAUUUGGUAUCUGCAUGGGUGUCUUUAUCUCCAUUAUGCAGACAACCGUUCUCAGCCCUGCGAUGGAGCCAAUUGAGAAGGCCAUCCGCGCACGGCCCGGACAACCUGACUGUGCUGCCCUUGCCUACAAUCUUGCCUUUAUCGCAUUCGCGUCGUUCAUGGUCUCUUUGGCGGAUGUCUCUGGCCGGCUUUUCAUGUACUUCUUGUCUGCUAUGCUCUAUAUCUUUGCGUCCCUUGCAUGCGGAAUUGUACGCACAGUUAUUCCACUCAUGGUACUUCGUGCGCUCCAAGGAAUCGGCGGCAGCGGACUUUACGGGAUAGGUGCUGUCAUCGCGACGGAGGUUACUCCUAUCAGCAUGAUCCAGUUCAAUAGUGCCUGUUUCGGAUUCGCCAUUGCGGUUGCUGGUGUUUGCGGUCCCCUGAUUGGUGGUGCCAUUGCCAAGCUGAAGUGGAAUUGGAUCUUCUGGAUGAACUGCCUUAUCAUCACCGUAUCCAUGACAAUGGUCAUGUACUCCCUGCCCCGUAAUGGUAGGGCGCGACUUCACCUACAGGUCCCCUUCCGGAGGAUUGACUUCUUUGGCCACCUCCUCUUCGCCAUCAUCUCGGUGCUGCCGAUCACUGCCCUUCAACUCAUAGGAAUCAAUCUCUACACCACCUCAACCCCCGGAGUGACUCUCUUCUCCGUUCUCAUGAGCAUCGGGGUUGUCUGCUUAGUUGCGUUGGCCUUCUGGGAACGAUGCCAGACCCAAGUGCAGUCCGGACGAUCUACCGCCCUGGUGCCGAUGAGUUUCAUGCGAAACGGCGCGUUCGCGGCAACUCUCAUCGCCAUCUUCUUCAAUGGUUGGAUCUAUUUCGCCAUCGUCUUUGGCCUGCCUCUCCGCCUGACUAUCGUCAACAAGUUCACGAGCGCGAGAGCAGGGCUCGCCUUGGCGUCGGUGCUUCCUGCAGUUGCACUUGGAUGCAUCACGGCGAGCUUAUGCUCACGCAAGCUCAAUCGCACCACUCUAGUGAUGACCCUUGCUGCAGUCCCCGUGCUCAUCGGUACGGCACUACUCACGUGGCUCGGCGAUAUAGACAGUGUCAGGACUGACCCAAUCUCAUCCAAAGUGUUGCUCGCGCUCCUCGCCCUGGGAUUCGGGCUUGGACUCACCAUCUCCUCCGCCACCCUGGUCGCCAGCUUCGAGAGCGGUCUGUGGGACUACGGCUCUGCCCAUGCCCUGCUCGGCCAGCUGCUUGUUUUCGGCGGCACCUUAGGCGUCGCCGUCAACACAGCCCUCGUGGGCGUCGCCGAUCUCAAGCACCAGAUCCUGCAGCUCUCCUGGCUCCACGCCUACCGCACCACGAUGAUCAUCUGCUCGGCGCUCGCCGGCGUAGUUCUGGUGAUCAUGCUCGUCUCCUCCGCCUUCUGGCCCACCCGCUACCCCUGGGUCUCGAAGCAGAAAUACAUCGAGAACCAAAUGUCCGCAUGGACGACCGCGAACCCGCCUCCUCCUCCGCCCACCGCACCGGCGCCACACACGACCCUACAGCUCGCUCUGAUGCAUAUCGGGUUUUCCCACCAAGCGCCCGCACCGCCUGCUACAUCCGAUGUGUCCAAUACGGGGUCGGCGCAUGAUCUCUCGAAUCUUCCUCAACCGGCCGGCAACCAGAAGCAGCCGGAGGGGACCGAAGGCCAGAGCCUGACCAGCGUGUCGAGCCAGACCACCUACGCGACCGGUAGCGAGACCACCUACGCGACCAGUAGCGAGACCACCGAUACGACUGGUGGCAAUACCACCGACGGGGACCGAAGCUAUACCGCCCCUAAUGACACGAAUGGAUACCCGCGUCCCAUGUCCGUGUACCAGCUCGUUUGAGGGUCACCCACCUGCUCUUUAUAUGCGAUGGAUGUACAAGGGCGCGUGAAGGUGUGGGAUUGGUGGUUGCGAUUGUGGGAUUGAUGGUUAUGGUGGAGUAUGGUGCUGGUGUGAUAUGGUCGGUCGAGUAUGGCGUUCCGGUCUACAGUUCUUACUGAACUGGACUCUUGUACCCGUUGGCCGUUGCUUUAAUGAUGGCUUUCAAGAGGAUGAUGAAUUGUGGCUUACGAACUGCUUGGUGAGCAGUGUUCAUGGCUAAAAUUCAAUAAUUAUGGCGGAGUUGGCGCUGGUGUGAUAUGGUUAAUGGAGCAUGGCGUUCCGGUCCGCAGUUCCUUGCUGAACUGGAC